AUGCUGUCCUUUGCCAGGGCUGCAUUGUGCCUGCUGGCAGCCGCUGGGCCUCUCGUUCAGGCCCAGUUCCCCCCGAAGCCGGAAGGGGUCACUGUGCUGGACUCGAAGUUCGGCAACGGUGUACGCAUCAGCUACAAGGAGCCUGGGCUCUGUGAGACGACUGAGGGAGUCAAAUCGUACGCUGGAUACGUCCAUCUGCCUCCCGGCACAUUGAAAGACCUCGGCGUCGAGCAAGACUAUCCCAUCAACACCUUCUUCUGGUUCUUCGAGGCAAGGAAGGAUCCUGAAAAUGCUCCGCUGGCUAUCUGGAUGAACGGCGGCCCCGGAAGCUCUUCGAUGUUUGGGAUGCUCACUGAGAACGGGCCCUGCUUCGUCAAUCCAGACUCCAACUCUACUACGCUCAAUCCUCACUCCUGGAACAAUGAAGUCAAUAUGCUCUACUUGGACCAGCCAGUGCAGGUAGGCUUGUCAUACGACACCCUGGCCAACUUCACGAGGAAUCUGGUCACGGACACGAUCACCAAGUUGGAGCCCAAUGAUCCUAUCCCAGAGCAGAAUGCUACGUUCUUGGUAGGCACUUAUGCCAGCCGCGACGGAACCAAGACUGCCCAGGGCACCCGCAAUGCUGCGAUUGCCCUCUGGCACUUCGCCCAGGUGUGGUUCCAGGAAUUUCCAGGCUACCACCCUCGCGACUCCCGAAUCAGCAUCGCUACCGAAUCCUACGGUGGCCGUUACGGUCCUGCAUUUACCGCGUUCUUCGAGGAGCAAAACCAGAAGAUCAAGAAUGGUACCUGGAAAGGCAAUCAAGGCAACAUGCAUCUCUUGCACCUUGACACCCUAAUGAUCGUCAACGGCUGCAUCGAUCGACAGGUACAGUGGCCGGCGUACCCACAGAUGGUGUUCAAUAACACAUACGGCAUCGAAGCAGUCAACGCGAGCGUUCACCAACAGAUGUUGGACGCCCUCUAUCGAGACGGCGGCUGCCGUGACAAGAUCAAUGACUGUCGUGCUAUUUCCGCAGUAUCAGACCCUGAAAACAUCGGUAUCAACGCCACCGUCAACGAGGCCUGUAGUGAAGCCGAGACCUUCUGCGCAACUGAGCUAGACCCAAGUCCCUUCCCGGCUCCCUUCUAUAUGGCCUGGCUGAAUCAACCGCAUGUGCAAGCAGCGUUAGGCGUGCCACUCAACUGGACCCAGUCGAAUGAUGUUGUAUCGACGGCAUUCCGCGCCAUUGGCGACUAUCCGCGACCAGGCUGGCUCGAGAAUCUGGCCUACCUUCUGGAGAACGGCAUAAAGGUGUCACUCGUCUAUGGCGAUCGCGACUACGCGUGCAACUGGUUUGGCGGCGAGCUCUCAAGUCUUGCGAUUAACUACACUGACACACGCAAUUUCCAUGCUGCUGGCUAUGCUGGAAUCCAAGUAAACAACAGCUAUAUCGGUGGACAGGUGAGACAGUAUGGCAACCUAUCUUUCUCCCGUGUCUACGAAGCUGGCCACGAAGUACCGUCUUACCAGCCCGACACUGCGCUAAAGAUCUUCCAUCGCGCAUUGUUCAACAAGGACAUUGCCACUGGCACCAUUGACACUUCCGUUCCUGUCAACGGCGACAGGCAAUAUGGCUCGUCAGGGCCCCCAGACUCGUUCAGGUUCAAAAACGAGCCACCGGCGCAGCACGUACACUUCUGUCAUGUUCUUGACACUAGUACGUGCACGCAGGAGCAGCUGAAAGCGGUUGAAAAUGGUACAGCCUUGGUCCGGAACUGGAUUGUCGUUGAUUCUAACUCGACGUCCUUGUUCCCAGAGGUGGUUGGCUCUCCCACGCCAACUCCGUCUCCAGCCCCUGGAACCGCGGCCGGCUUGUCUGCACGCAGCCAUAUACACGAGGUGGCCUUCUUGGGUGCUUUCGCUUUGACACUCUCUGCGCUGAUGUUUUAG